AUGAACUCCCUCACGACAACUGAAAAGCCCUUAGAACCUCCAUUAAACCAACGGAUAGGAGAUGCCGACGAGUCUCCCGGCCCAAGGGACAAACAACCCUCAUCCCCUCCACGAGCCAUUCACGGCUGGCGCUGGGCUGUAGCAUACGCCGCCAUGCUCUCAACGACCUUCCUCUUCGCCCUCGACAACACCAUCGUCGCCGACAUCCAGCCCGCCAUCAUCAGCGACUUCGGCAGCGUCGAGCUCCUCCCCUGGGUCGGCACCGGCUUCGCCCUCGGCACCAUGGCCAUCCUCCCCUGGGGCAAAGCGUACGGCGUCCUCAACAACAAGUGGGCGUACGUCGCCAGCAUCCUCCUCUUCGAGGCGGGGAGCGCCGUCUGCGGCGCCGCCCCGACCAUGGACGCCUUAAUCAUCGGCCGUGUCGUUGCCGGAGUCGGUGGCUCGGGCAUGUACUCCGGGACGCUGACGUACGUCUCCGUCCUGACCUCAGCGCGCGAGAAGCCCGCCUACCUGGCCGGGAGCACUGUCGUCUGGGGGAUCGGGAGUGUUCUUGGCCCUGUGGUUGGCGGCGCAUUCGCCGAGAGCGCUGCGACGUGGAGAUGGGGCUUCUAUAUCAAUCUCGUCAUCGGAGCCAUAUUUGCCCCUGCGUACCUUCUUCUCUUCCCCGCCGUCGACCCCCAGCCGGCCAAAUCAACAUGGGAGAGGCUCGCGAUGAUCGACUGGGCCAUGACCGUCAUCUUCCUCGCUGGUGCGGCAUGCCUGACACUUGCCAUCUCCUUCGGCGGUGUCGUGUACUCGUUCAGCUCAGGCACGAUGAUUGCCCUGUGGAGUGUCACCGGAGUUCUCCUAAUCGUAGCUGUGGCGGUGGCCAAGCUUCAUCCGGGCGUGAGCAAAGAAAACCGGCUUUACCCAGUACACUUCUUGCGCCGGCCCAUCUUGGUGCUCAUGCAAGCUCAGGUGUUCUUGUCUUCGGGCAUUGUGCUUGCGAUGACUUAUUACGUUCCGCUCUAUUUCCAAUUUGUAAGAGGUGAUGGGCCUCUAGACGCUGGUGUGAGGUUACUGCCCCUCGUCAUCUUCUUGGUCGUCUUUUCCAUGAUCAACGGUGUCUUCAUGCCCCGACUCCCCUAUUACGGGCCGUGGUAUAUCGUCGGAAGUGUGCUGGUUCUCGUCGGUUCCGCUCUAAUGUGCACGGUGGGGGGAAAUUCUCCCAACGCACCCAUUUACGGCUUCAUGAUCCUCGUAGGCGCAGGAGCGGGCUGUUACAUUGUUGCAGGGUUCGCCAUUGUUCAAUCUCUCGUCCCUGCGGGCGACACGGCCAACGCUGUCGGGGCGAUGACAAUUUCACAGGACCUUGGCAUGGUCCUCUUUCUUGCCAUUGCUGGGUCAUUGUUCCAGAAUAUCGCCCUCGACAAGAUCAUGAGGGUGCUGCCCAACACCGCAGCGAGCGAGAUCGUGCAGUUGAUGGCAGGAACGAAAAGCCCGGCAUAUUUGCGACUUUCCCCAGAGGAGCAGUCACUGGUCGUGCCCGAAAUCACCGCGUCGAUGAAGAUCAUUUGGGUUUUCUUCACAGUAGCAGCUGCGAUCAGCUUUCUGCUCUCGUUGCCCCUCAUUAAGCAGAGGCUACGCCAGCGCGUAGGAUAA